AGGGCUUGAGGCACUCACGGCGCAGGGGGGAGGGACUUGUCUGCUUUCAAUCAAUAACUUCAGGAAUUCAGAAAUACAAGUAGUUCCUGUCCUCGGCAGGCAGUACCACACUCCUGAGGGCGGGCUCCUACACACGAUUCAACGGAUUCUCUGUCUACGUCUGUUCUUCUGUUUCUGCUUCCACAGGUCUGACUGGGCUGGGAGUCCAUCGCAAUGGCAGAUCAGACAUCUUCAGACUACUUCAGCUGUUCGCUGUGCAUGAACCUCCUGAAGGACCCUGUGGCGAUCCCCUGUGGCCACAGUUACUGCAUGGACUGCAUCAGUGGCUACUGGAAUGAGGCUGACUAUACAGGGAUUUACAUUUGUCCCCAGUGUAAGAUCACGUUCACUCAGCGGCCUGUGCUGCGACCCAACGCCACUCUCAGCAUGGUGGCUGAGAAAAUCAAGAAGAGCGGUCUGAACCUCAACCUCACGGCGACGCAGGGAAACGCCUACGCUGGACCAAGUGAUGUUCCCUGUGACUUCUGCUCUGGGAAGAAGUUCAAAGCUGUCAAGUCCUGCCUGAACUGUCUGGCAUCUUAUUGUGAGAAGCACUUGAGACCACAUUACGAGUCGGCCACGUUCAAACGGCACAAGCUGGUGGAUGAGUUGGGAAACCUGGACAGGAAGAUCUGCCCUCAGCACCAGAAGUCCCUGGAGCUCUUCUGUCGGACUGACCAGAUGUGUAUCUGUGCCAUCUGCACGGUCAGCGAACACAAGGGCCAUGACAUUGUGUCUGCUGAGGCGGAGAGGGGCGAGAAACAGAAACUUCUGGGAGUCUCCCAAAGCGAGAUUAAACAAAAAUGCCAGGAGAGAGUGAAGGAGCUGGAAGAGCUCAAGACAGCAGUGGAUUCACUCAAGAACUCGGCCCAAAGAGCCAUGGUGGACAGCCAGAAAAUGUUCGAGGACAUGAUUCGCUCCAUCGAGAGGAUGAGGUCAGAGGUGACAAAGCUGAUCGGCAUCAACGAGAAGGCCGCUUUCAACCAGUCCGAGGCUUUGAUCGAGCGCCUGGAGCAAGAGAUUGAUGAACUGAAGAAGAAGGAGUCGGGGCUCAAGCAGCUCUACAGCACUGAAGACCACAUUCACUUCCUGCAGAACUUCAACUACCUCUGCACCCCCACCGAUGACGGCUUCAUCCCCAGAGUGACGGUGAACCCAGACUUCUCCUUCGGGGCCGUCAGGAAAGCUGUGGCAGAGAUCAAGGAGCGGCUUGAGGAGUUCGGCAGGGAGGAGAUGCUCAAAAUCUCCAAAUCAGUUAAUGAGGUCCCGGUCUACCAGACAGAGAGCCGAACAUUGGACAGGAGGAGCAGAGGAAAAGAAAUCACAGUGGACAACUCUCAUCCUCCAGAGCCAAAGACCAGAGCAGAUUUUGUCAAAUACUUCUGCCAGCUGAAACUGGACCCCAGCACAGCCUACAAGGAGCUGAAAAUCUCAGACAACAGCAGAAAAGUCAUCCGCACCAGAGACCUGCAGCCCUACACAGAAACCCCAGAGAGGUUUGACAGUUUUGCACAGGUGCUGUGUCGAGAGGCCUUAUCCGGAGGCCGCUUCUACUGGGAAAUCGAGUGGAGCGGCGAAUUCUCCAUCGGGGUGGCCUACAAAAGCCUCAGCAGAAAGGGCAAAGGCUCACUCUGUCUUCUGGGUUACAACGACAAAUCCUGGAGUCUUCUCUGCUCCGACUCAGGUUACUCUGCCUGGCACAACCGAGUGGACAAAGCAGUCCACGGCCCCCACUCCCCCAGGAUAGGCGUGUACCUGGACCACAUGGCAGGUGUAUUGGCCUUUUACAGCAUAGGCAGCACCAUGACCCUCCUGCACAGGUUUCAGACCACCUUCCAAGAGCCCCUCUAUCCAGGUUUUGGGGUCGGAACAUCUGUAAAAAUCUGUAACGUCAAGUAAUGUCAACACUUUUCUGAUCAUAUUUUUAUAUUACUCAUCAGUGCUUUUUUGAAAGAAUGUAUUUUGCAGCUAUUAUAACAUCAUACCAAACAGUCAUGAGGUUAUGUUUGACGGCAAAUGUUCAGUGUGCUUCCACUUUUUUACUCUGUACUUACAGUUCUAUUCACAUCACCUUUUUAGUGGUAGCUUUGUCAAUGAAGAUAAUCCGUACACAAUUGCUGAAGCUAAGCAAAGAGCACAACUCUGCUUGAAGUUUUAAAGUAUUAAUGUUGUGAAUAUCAAAAGGCUGAAUCGCAAAAUGUUUUGUUUUUACAGCAAAUUCUAAAACAUGAUGAACCGAUGUUGGUCAAUUUUACAGCUGAAUUAAACACAGCAUUUCAUCAGUCAUGCCAUUUACAGUCAUGCUUAGCAUUAGUUUUAAAUGAUUCAGUGAAAUCUUUUUAUUAUUAUUAUUAUAUCAGUUUGUUCUUCUCGUGAUCAGUUUUUUUUUCUUGACCAAGCUCUUAUUUCAUUUCAGGUAUGUCCACCAAAAUGUAGGACAGCCAGAGUUUAACUACUAUGCAGUAAAGGGCUUGUUUUUGAUUUGUAAAUUUGUACUUUAAAUAAAGAACAAAAUAUGUGAAGGUUGGGUUGCUUGACCCGCAAAUAAAGUGUGUAGAAUUUGUUUUGUUUUAUAAAAAUGUCAAAA